UUGCCCAAAAAAAGUGUUGUUAUUUUACAGUAAAUCAGUGUUUAUCACCAAUAAGUAUCUUAUUUUAGCAUGGCUGACGAAUAUGCUGCAGUGAAAAGAGGAAAACUUAUUUUAAAAGGCGACAAACCAAAAGCAAAAAAGCGUAAACACAAGAAGAAUAAAGACAAAUCGGACAGUUCUAAAGUAGACGAAGAUUCUAUAAAGCACGGAGGAUGGUGGAAAGUGGAGAAAAUCGAAGAUGUAGUCGGUUCCAUUUCAAUCGAGUUUGGAAACAACGCUUAUAUUUCUGCGCUUGAUAACGGCUUGUUCACCGUUGGAGCGCCUCACGGGGACGGUGAAGGGCCGGCGCCGGAGGAGAUAUUCACGGCUUUCCCAGCCGGAGAGACGAAGUUUGCCCUCAAGUCUGGUUAUGGGAAAUAUCUGGGAGUGUCAAAGGAGGGAGUGGUGAUUGGGAGGUCUGACGCGGUGGGACCGAUGGAGCAAUGGGAGCCGGUGUGGCAAGAAGGCAAAACAGCAAUUCUCAGUGCACUAAACAAAUUCAUGUGUGUGAGCCCAGAGGAUGAUUCCGUUGUGGCUCGGAACGCAGCAGCGGGUGAGACGGAGUUCUGCAGCAUACGCAGCAACAAGACCAAGGAGGUGAAUACUGUGGUGUUGCCGGAUGAGGAGCAAGGGAACCUUAAUGAGGUGGAAGUUAACUACGUGAGAAAAUUCCAAAAGUUCCAAGAUAAAAAACUCAAACUAAACGACGGGUCAGUUUCCGACCUGAAGAAAGCUAAAGCAGAGGGCACUUUGCACGAGACACUGCUUGACAGACGAAGCAAAAUGAAAGCAGAUAGAUAUUGUAAAUAACUUUAUAAAUAUACGUGUUUAAGGAUC